AUGCUGCAGCACCAAGAUCUACUGGAGUCCAACACCAAAUUUGACUCUGAGUCCUCAUCAGAGUCUAAUUCAGAUGACCUGGACGAAGAGCUUAUACAGGUCUGCACCGCAAUUGCACCUGCUUCUGUAGAUGCAACGCCUCAGGAGCUCCGUCAGGCUCUCAAGGUCACUCAAAAGUUGUUACUCAACUUGCGUGGUAGAUACCAGGAGACUAUGAAGAGGAACACCCUGCUUGAGCUAAGGAAGAUACCAUCUGAGCUCUUGGGAGGAAACGUCAAUCUUAACAGCAAGGAGCGCUGGAUAAGCGGGGUGUCGAUGGAGGAUGGUGUGAAGGCCGAACUAUUCCAGUUCAUUCCUGCAGAAGAGCAUGAAUUGAUGAAUUAUCAUAGCUUCGGCUCUCAGUUCGGGAGGGGCGUCAGUAAUGCUCAUUCUGAAAUGGCCUCAGAUGUCAAGGCAUGUGCUGACCCUGGAUGUCGUGCGCUUUUACUGAGCCCCCAUGGUGACUAUACGAAGUUUGUGCCGGUGCUGUUUCCUACACCCGAAAUGCCGGUACCAAACGAGAUGCUCAAAUCAGUGAAGCUGGUGCAAGUGUUGAAAGUAUCGCUCUUUGGCAAAUCAUCAUUGGCUGCCACAGGCGCUGCAUCUUCUAGGACGAAGGCUAAGAUCUGGAAAUUAUGGGCCAUAACACCAGGUAUGAUUGCUGCUGCUGCUGUCAUCGCAAUGUUCCUACUUUCCAGUGACACAGAACUGACUGAGAUUGGGGAGACCACUAAGAUACCAUAUCGCAAAUACCACAACUUCUUCCGUCAACGCCUACUCACUGGUGGCCCCUGGGCACACCAGGUCUUCUUAUUCUUCAAUGAUGCUCUCUUCUCAAUUUCAUCCUCUGUCCCUCCUUCUGCCAAUGACGAUGGACUGGGCCACAUGUAUGAAGAAGAGUUUGAGCAUGCCAUGGAACAGGAGCUUGAAGGCCCGGUCUUCAAUGCAGGUCAUUUGGAUGAUGUCCGUCUGCCAUUACUAAACUCACAGACCAUUAGCGUCCCACACAAUUCACUCCUUUCAGACUCUGAAGAUGAGGCUCAUCCUCCCACACCUCUGAAUCAUCCUCCUGCAGCUCCGACUGUCAAUGCAGCGGCAGCUCCCACUAUUGUAGCCCCACCUGUUCCAGCUCCCCCUAUUCCAGCUCCUCCAGAGUCUAUAUCUACCACGAUGGGGGACCUUAAUCUGGGGGACCAAGAUGUUCGUCUUGGAGUUGAACAUUUAAGUCCUAUGGAAAUUAAUAAUGCAUGCCCCAAACCAAAACCAAAACCAAAACCAAAGCCCUGGCGCAAAGCCCAGAUGGCUGAUAAUCUUGUCAUAGCCGAAGGUUUCACUGCAGAUUCUACUCAUUCAGCUGUUUGGAGCAUCAAUGCUCAGACUACACGGAGGUCUGGCUGA